CAGCGGACCAGCGUUUUCGCGAAUCGAUGCCGACCACGCGCACGAACAGCAGUAGCAUCUCAUCGGCGUCGUCUUCAGGCGCGCCGCUGGCUCGCCUGCAGGGGAAAAAGCCUCGGAGGUGUUUCACCAAUGAAGAGGACCUCUGUAUCCUGCGAGUGGUUUCAGCAACGAGGCCGUUUGGCGACGAUUUGAAGUGGAUGACGGCGAUCGAGAACCUGAAGCCAGCGCUUGGACGCGAGCUGACGCUUCGUGGUCUAAAGGACCGCGUAGACCUCCUCAUUGGAUACUGGAGGCAACAGGACACAAGGAACUUAAGAAAGUCUGGGACUGAGGAGCAAUAUGCUGAAAAAGAGCAAAUACUGCAGGACCUAUCGGAUUAUGCAAGGUCCGUGAACUACGUUCCGAAAAUUGCACCCAGAAGUGCGGCCAGUGCCGUGCGGAUGAAGAGGCCGGCAACGCCUUACCGCCUAACCAUGCCGCCAACAAAGCAAGUUCGUGCAGAGGAGGCGGAAGGUCAAGAAUCAGGACAGCACGCUGCUCAGCUGCUCCUCACCAUGCCUGACCAGACCCCGUCAAGUCCCUCUGUCAUCGUUGGUUAUAUGGAGGCGACCGACCAGCACACCAUCGAAAUAAUUCCAGACAACCAGCAGCCCCUGAAGGAGGAGGACGAGGAGGAGCAGUUGCAGCGGACGCAGCUGCAGCGGCAGCAGAUACAGCCGCCGCCUGUAGCUAGACAACAGGCUCUGCCGGCAAUGAAUGAAGGAAUCCGAGGCCUCGAGGGCAUGGAAUUAAAUUUGCUGACAAUGCGUCAAAGCCAUGAGUUUGAGCUACGGCAAAAGGAGCUCGACAUUGAGAAAAGAAAAGUCGAUAAUGAAGAGCGACGCCUAGCUCUAGAGGCGCGAAAGUUGGACCUUGCCGAAAGAAAACACCAGAUGGAAGUGUCCUGCCGGCAACGUGAGCACCAGGAACUGCUCCAGCACAUUGAACAAUUCUUCAGCAAACACACAAAGAAAAUAAGUGAUCUCAUCAACACAAGGCAGGUAUCACAUGAGUGA